UUUCUUACUGAUCGCACACAUUGGAAAGUUCUUUUACCGCACGGCAUAGGAAAAGUAGUUCCAAAUGAAGUAUAACGCACUCAUAUUUGUCCUUUUGGCUGCCUUGGUGCUGUGCGCACAAGCUGAGCCCGAACCUGAACCCAAAGCCGAACCAGAACCCGCCAAAGGUCAACGCGCUGUUUUUCCACGCUUCCGUUCUGUCGCUGAUGUGAAAGAAGCACGCGAUGCUGAAAACGUUGAGGAUGAAAGUGACGCCGAAGACGAGGCGAGUGCUAAUGAAAGCGUCACACCCAAUAAGGGUGCUAGCGCAUCCAGUGGUCGUUUGUUCUUGAAGAAAUUCCUACUCUUCAAGAACAUUUUCGGGCAACAACAACAACAACCCAUCAUUCCAAUUGUUAUUGCCGGCGCAGGUUCAGGAACUUCACCAACUUUCACUUCACCCACCUCCACCACAGUCACCUCGACAGGUUCCAUACCAACAGCAACCGGUACAAUCAGCACCUCACCCACAACAACAUCACGUGGCGAUGGACUCAAACGCCACGAGGAGCAGGCGCUGGAAGAGGCUGUCGCUGCGGCGGACGAAGAGGAAUUGCAAGCAGCACUCGCUGCCGGCGCCCAAGAAUAUGUGGUGACAGAUCAGGAAAUUCGCGGCACAUCCGAAUCGAAGGCCACCAGAAAUCCCUCACGUGUGAAUUUACGUCGCCCUGGUGCUAAGAAAGGUCAAAUGGUGACUGUGCGCAUACCACCAAAAUAUCGUAAAUACUUCAAGAAUGGUCAGAAGGUAAUGCUGAACACCAGCAAUCGUCCCGGAAAGCGACGUGUUGUGCAGAAGAAACGCAUCAACCGUGUGCGCAGGCGCAAGGGUGGCAAAAGACGUCGCGUCCAGAAUUAAUUUGAGUUAAUCAAUGCUACAUACAUGCGUGUGGAUAAUGCUUUGGAAAGGAAAUGAAAUGCUCUGGAAAUGUUGCGAUUAACUUAUUUAUUAUUAUGUACUUAAAUAAAUUAACCAUUUUUUAGAGUAAAAGUUGUGUCUUAAUUCGUU